AUGGCAUACGCAGCAUACUACGACAUCCCUCCCCCACUAGUCGACCAUCCCCACGAACGAUCACAUCAACAUCAAAAUCUCCUACAAUACAUUGCACGACGCCCGGUUCGAGCAGAGGAACACCCAAACCAGCCGGACGUGGACUUUCGCGACGCGAUCAAGGAAUUCUACAUUGAAGUCGAAGUGCCAGGAAUCAAGAAACCCAGCGAAGUGGCCAUCUCAUGGACUGGAUCGCGGUCAUUACUACUAACGGGCUCGAUUUCGCGACCGGAAUACGACGGGGCGGCUAAGAAAGACGGCGAAGAAGAAGACCCAGAGCAUCCCCACGGCGAUCAGGUUCACAUCCUUGUUGGAGAGAGGAGGAUUGGUCCCUUUAGAAGAUAUAUUAAUUUCCCUUCCGAUGUCGAAAAGGUUUCGGUUACCCUGGAGGCCGGUUUGUUGAAGAUCAAAGCACCUAAGAAAGGAUAUGCAGAGGCUGCGGCCGCUAAAGUGGACGUCGAGCAUGAGUGA